UUUGAUUUUCUUUGAAGGUGGUUUUGUGGAGGGGCUGAACCCACACUCCUCCCUUCCUCUCUCUCUUUCUCUCUCUCUCUCUGAGCCCUCUCACCCUCUCAUUCACAGCACUGAGGUUAUACGUCACUGUCUGUGUAGCUAUAAACACAAGCUGCAUCUAUCCAUUCAGCUGGACUUGGGCACACAGGCUUGUGUCAAUGAUGAGUAGGGUUGGUCCUUUUUCUUAGUUAUUCAGCUACUUUUUGAAACUAGCCUAGCAAUUCUGGAGGCCAUCUGACAAAAGGAAUUCUCGGAUACAGUUUUAAUGCCCAGAAGACCUAUAAUGAGGAAAUGGAUGUUGGGGUUGCUAAUGGUCUGUCUUUUCCUGACACACACCAGAGGACAGGAUCAGAAGGACAUCCAAGCUGGUUGUAGCACCUCUCCAAAUGACUUGGUGUACAUCCUUGAUGGCUCUUCGAGUCUGGGGCUUGCAGACUUCGACACAGCCAAGCGAUGGCUCAUCAACAUCACCAGCAGCUUUGAUGUGAGUUCCAGACACACGCAGGUGGCCGUGGUCCAGUACAGCGACACUCCACGACUAGAGAUCCCUCUGGGGAAGCACCAGAGCACUCAAGAACUUCUCAGAGACAUUGCUUCCAUCUCCUACCUGGGGGGCAAGACUCAGACCGGCCGUGCCAUUAAGUUCGCCACUGACCACGUCUUCUCCACACCAAACUAUACUAAGAAGGCCACAAGAAACCGCAUUGCUGUGGUUCUAACUGAUGGUCGCUCUCAAGAUGACGUGGUGGAUCCAGCAAUGGAGGCCAAAGCCCAGAACAUUGUGUUGUUUGCUGUUGGUGUGGGCGAUGAGAUCACAAACGCUGAGCUGGUGUCCAUGGCCAACAAACCUUCAUCCACUUAUGUCCUUCACGUGGAGGACUACACCUCCAUUGGGAAUUUAAGGGACAGGAUGGAGCAGAAACUCUGCGAGGAAUCUGUGUGUCCUUUGAGGAUCACUGGUACAGUGAACGGGCAGAAGGGCUUCGACCUGAUGAGUCUGAUGGACAUUGAGGUGGUGGCUAAAAAGGUCCAGGGAUCUCUCAUAUCAGAAGGAGCUUACCUGCUGAACCCUCGCCUGGACCUCACCCGCAGCACCAGUGAGAUCUUUCCAGAAGGCCUCCCUCCUUCAUAUGUGUUUGUGGCCACACUGCGUGUGAAGAACCCAGCUCACCGUAUGAAGUUUGACCUAUGGAGGGUGCUGUCUGAGAAUGGGGUCAGGCAGGUUGCUGUGACCUUUAAUGGAGCUGAGAAAUCUGUGACCUUCACCAGCACCAGCACAGUGAAGAAUGAACAGACUGUCAUAUUCAACGACCGAGGCAUUAAGAGGCUCUUUGAUACAGACUGGCACCAGUUGAAGCUGUUGGUGAAGCCCAAACGCAUCACUUGUUACCUAGAUGAUGUGUAUGUGGAGGAGCAGCUCCUGGACCCAGUGGUUCCUAUUUACAUCAAUGGCAAGACACAGGUGGCCAAAAAAGUCAACAUAGAAACCACUGUCCCCAUCAUCCUGCAGAAGCUGCGGGUUUACUGCGACCCUCUCCAGAGUGAGAGAGAAACAGCUUGUGAGAUAUACUCUGUGGAGGAUGACCGGUGUCCUGCAGAUCGCGUCCUUGCUGUGGAGGGAUGCGAGUGCCCCAGUGGCAAACCUGGCCCACCUGGCCUACCUGGGACUAUGGGGUUCAGGGGAGAAAAGGGGCGAGAGGGACCCCCCGGCCCAGAUGGAAAGCCUGGGAAGUCUGGAGAAAGAGGGGCACCUGGGGAGCCUGGAAGGAAUGGGGAGAAAGGUGAGGCAGGUCAACCAGGACAAAAAGGAGAGAGAGGACUGACUGGGGCCAAAGGGGAUAUGGGAAUGCCAGGACCACCAGGAAGACCUGGCCCCCCAGGACCAACAGGCCCUGGACUCUCUACAUGGGAUGAUUCUGGAGUUGAAGGAAGCAAGGAAAUCUCAGGACAGCCAGGGGAAAUGGGACCCCCAGGAAAACCUGGACCAAUGGGCGAGCCUGGUAUACCUGGAAAAGAUGGACUCCCUGGGCCCGCUGGACCAAAGGGUGAAAAGGGGGAUGCUGGUGUUCCUGGAGCAGAUGGACAGAAUGGCAUUCCAGGCAUCAAAGGAUAUCCAGGAGAAAUAGGGCCUGUUGGACCCAAGGGCGAGAGAGGCCUACCAGGACUAGAAGGCUCGAUUGGACCGACAGGACCUCAGGGACCACCAGGACCAGUUGGACCACCUGGGGCAGAGGGUCCAGUCGGUCCAAAGGGGAACUUUGGGCCUCGAGGGCAGGACGGCCUCCCAGGAGUACCUGGCCCUAAAGGACUGGAUGGUGAGCCUGGGAUCCAGGGGCCUCCAGGAAUUAAGGGCCUACCAGGUUUAACAGGACAAAAGGGUGAAUCUGGGGCUUCUGGGCAGAAAGGAAAUCAGGGAGAAAAAGGAAGUGAUGGAUCACCUGGGGUCCCUGGAACACCUGGUGAACCCGGCCCUAGAGGGAGUAAAGGAGAGCGAGGUACAGCUGGGGAUCCAGGUAUCAGAGGGGCUGAUGGAAAAAUGGGAGACAUGGGACCGAUGGGACCAGCAGGGCCAAGAGGCUUCUCAGGUCAGGACGGGUUGCCAGGACAACCAGGAGUCCCAGGUUACCCAGGGAAACCAGGAAAGCCGCCUUCAGAGGAACACUUGAUGAAGAUUUGUGCUUCAGUGCUGCAGAAUCAACUGCCACAGCUCCUUCAGGUGAUGUCACCUACUAGUUGCCAACACUGUGAGAUGGUCAAGGGACCCCCAGGUAAUCCAGGCCUCCCUGGACCCCAGGGACCAAGUGGACCUCCAGGCUAUCCUGGCAGGCCUGGGUCUCAGGGAUACCCAGGAUCACCAGGAAGUAGGGGACCUCAGGGCAUGAAAGGUGACACUGGGCCAAUGGGCAUGAAGGGUGCCAAAGGACAAGGUGAUAUUGGGUUGCCAGGUCCACCUGGCCCACCAGGUAUGCAGGGUCCUCGGGGAAAUGAUGGAGAGGGAUAUUCAGGACCCUCAGGGCCUGCUGGGAAGCCUGGCUCACCUGGCAUCCCAGGCAAACGGGGCCCUCCAGGAGCCACAGGGGUUUGUGAUCCGUCCUCCUGUUACCCGCCAUACAGUCUCCAGGACAACCACUUCAUCAAAGGGCCUAACUUUUAGCACACUGCCUCUCUGGCCUUUAUUCCGAACCCAUCACAGUGAUGAUGGUUUAAGAGGCCAACAACCACUUCUGGAGCUCCGUUUUGACUCUGUAUUGACUUUCAAGGGCUCCUGGCCUCAACUUUCUUGUGUGUAGCCCCAGUGGAGGGCAAAACAUCUGAAAUGACCAAUGUAAUAUUUUUAUUUUUUCCCAGGGAAUUAUUUGUUAUACCUGAUAUUAACCUAACUGUCUGAGUUCCGUGUAUUAGUUUUUACUUGAGUUACAUGUACUACUUCUUAUUCUUAUCUAGAAUGAUAUUUAUAAUCUAGUGUAGCAGAUAUUUUUGCUUUUUUGGCAGCCUUUAACAUCCUAAUAGUGUGUGCAGUGCAGUACAUCCAUUUUACACCAGAUAUAGUCGAUCAGCAGAGACAUGUUUGGUGUUCAAAUCUGAUUUAGUUUAGCGCUGGAGCAACAAGGCUAGGCUAACGUAGGUAACAUUCACUAGAAAUGAAUAGUCACCCAAAUCGUUUCCGAAAAACCCCAAAACAUCUCUCAACCUGCUCGAACCGCAUCCAGGUCUUCAUUAACAUUGUGCAGACUGAUGUGGUUUGAAAUCCAAUACAGCUAAGAAGUGAAUAAAAGUGGCUUACCACUGCAUUUAGCCACAACUUUUGUUAUUUUCAUAGUUCACAGUAUAUCAUACUGUGUCCUAAACCACAUCAGUGAGUUUGUCCAACCUCAUGAAUUUGUGAGCAAAGUUUUGUGCCUGUAUUUAGACCAUUUUAACUAACUGGUUCAAAGUCAGAGAUGAAAACACAUUUCAGAAUUUUGACUGAAUUGAACUUUGAAUGACCGCAUUCUCUAAUUAUGUUUAUUUGAUUAAAAUGUGGGUGCUUCAGUAGUGACAACUUUAGCUAAUUUUAUGCAUAUUCUAAGAACGCCAGCCAGUACAUGAUUAGCAA